AUGGCAUGGGUGGAGUAUCAACUUCCAAACCUCAUUGUGGGAGCUAUUACAAAAGAAAGUAUUUAUGGUGCUUUUGAGAAUGGAAUAACUGCUGAACAGAUAAUUUCAUUUCUCAAGCAAAAUGCUCACCCUCGUGUUGCUGACAAGAUACCUGCUGUCCCGGAGAAUGUCACAGAUCAGAUUAGGCUGUGGGAAAGUGAUCGUAACAGGGUUGAGAUGAUUCCAUCACAUUUAUAUGAAGAUUUUCCUAGCAAGGAAUGGUUUGAACAAUGCUGUGAUCACGCAAGGGAUCAUGGAUACUUGCUCUGGGAGGACUCGAGGAGGAUGAGGUUGAUUGUGCGAGGGGAGUUCCACCCUGAAAUGAGGGAGUUCCUCCGCAGGCAAAGAUGA